AAUGAUACAGGUGAGAACAGCUGAUCUCUCGCACUUGACGUUCCGUGGACAACCGCGACAGAGAUAGUAGUUGUAAAAAAAAAAGUAACAUUACGUACAUACAUACGAUAUACAUCGAUUACUUCUACUGUCAGAGAACUAGGCCUAUAGAAUAUAAUGACAAAUACUAGUUUGUACGUUAAUGAUAAACGCGUAAAAUAGUAUUUUCAUAAAAGCUUAUUCUCAUUUCUUUUCUCAAUUAUAAUAUUAUUUUACUUUUGUAAACAAUGGCCAGUUCCUCACCGACUGCGAAUAAUUCAAUCAAUGGUUACAAUUUUAAAGUUGUUUUGCUCGGCGAAGGUUGCGUAGGAAAAACAUCUGUCGCUCUACGAUAUGUCGAGGACAAAUUCAACGACAAACAUAUCACCACUCUCCAGGCUUCGUUUCUUAACAAGAAACUCAACAUUAAUGGAAAAAGAGUGAAUUUGGCUAUCUGGGAUACAGCAGGACAAGAAAAGUUUCAUGCCUUAGGACCCAUCUACUAUCGUAUGUCAAACGGCGCAAUUCUGGUAUAUGAUAUUACCGACGAGGACUCGUUUCAAAAGGUAAAAAACUGGGUGAAGGAGUUGAAAAAGAUGCUUGGCAGUGAAAUUUGCCUUGUCAUAGCUGGUAACAAAUUAGAUCUUGAGAGGGAUCGGAAUGUAACACAGGAAGAAGCAGAAGAAUAUGCCAGACAAGUUGGUGCGGUCCACUUUCACACAUCAGCAAAACAGAAUCAAAACAUUGAAGAAAUGUUUCUAGAUCUAACCCGCCGCAUGAUGGUACAUGCGGAUAUGGUUGAGCAAAAAUCUACUCUUACACGGUCAAAUAGCACGCGACGGAAUGUCGUGGUUGUCGAAGACGAAGCUGAGCAAGAGAGACCAGCUUCAAGCUCCUGCUGUGGAGGAUUUUCGCAAAGUUCAUCAUAGGUCGAUGACGUGGCUUAAGUUUUUAGGGGGUUUGAGUUAUACAUAAUUGUAUAUAGCAGUUGUUUUACAAUUAUAAAACACGAAAAUUUGCAAAUUUCAAUGUGAUCAAGUAUACUGUAGUCGUUUUGAACACAUACAGCCUGUGGAUCAAGUACGAAUUAGGUGGAUAUACUUACAGGUAUAUGAAAACGUAAUUGUAUUCAAUCAGAUCAGUGUCUCAUUUAUCAUUCGAUCAUAAAAAUUUAACAAUAAUUGAAAUUGAAAAUAAAUAAACUUCUUAUUUAUCUGUAUUUCUUUGAUAGUUUGAAAUUUUUACCUGGAACAAGCCAUUUAGAAAUGUCAACAGUAAAAUCAAUAGCUUACCUGCCUACCGAAGACGAGAAUACAGGAGAUAUUUUACACUAUAUGUUAAGCGAUAUACCGUAUCAUAUGCACGUGGUUUACCAAGAGUAGAACAGAGUGAACAUUCAGCAAUAUUUUAGCUGUAUCACUUCCACGUGUACUUGCAUAUAUUCAAAUAUUUAAUAAUUAAUAUUUUAGCUGAUGCUGUAACAACUUUACAUUACUCGCAGUGUUAAAAUGUGAAAGAAAGUUAUAUAUCAUGCUUAUUUCAGUUUUAAUCCCAUGUAAAUUAGUUAGCUUCACAUGGAUUAUUAUAGGAAUAACUUGUUACUAACGACUUUGAAACUUUUUUGCUAUGGGAAUUUUCAAGAACCUCGUCAAAGUUUUUAAUAAAAGUGUUUUGUACGCAAGAUAAAUUUGUGUGAAUCUACCAUUGAAAUUCCAAAACAUUUUAGACAGCAUAAUGUUCCUAUUGAAUGCAAGCUCAUAUAUAUAUCUAAUAGAUAUAAGUAUAAUUAAUGUAUAACGUUUGAACGAAGAAAAAAAUCAAAUUUCAAAUUACUGACGUAUUUAGAUUGUAGAAAAAGAUUUAUAAGGACGCCUAUUUCGCGUUACUGUUCCAGACUGUGUAAAUUCAUAAUUGUCUUUGACAUGAUGUUACAUACCACUGUAUCGAAUUACCGUACUCGUACUAGGGACUUAUAAAUGAUGUUAUUAUAUAAAUUACACUUGUUGUUUUGCGUUGCCAUAUACUGUAUUUGUAAAUAUAUUGCUGUCUAUUGGCAUAUAUUUACACGAAUAAAUUUAAUAUAAUUUACGACCUUACUGUUUUUUCACUAGUAUAAGUCUUCGAGACUCUGUCAAAUAGUGUUGACGAUAUUUUCUUAAUUUAGGCGAGAUUCUGUAUAAAUUAAAGAAAUGAGAAUUCGAUUGGUAUAAUUUGAUUUUAGUACUAUAUUGUUUUUAUUCAGAUCCGUAUGAUGUUCGAAAGAUAAAGAUACAAUGUGCUAUUCUAUCACAGGUACAUGGAUCGUGCAUACAUUUAGUUAUCCUAACAUUUACAGCUCUUGGUCAGAACUAUAAUGCAAUGUAACAUAUGAUGAUAUUUCACUGAAUAAUGUAUUGACGUGUAAAUUAUGUAUUAUCCGGAAUGACGAGUCAACCUAUGACUGAUGUAUUUUUUUUUCAUGUUCGCAAGUGGCAAUUGUGCAAUUACGUAAUGCACAUCAUAUAGGAAUGUCAGUGGCAAGUUAUUUAUAUUUUCAUAAAUUGUGUGCAUGUCUCAUAUUGUUAGAUGUGCGACAGAACAAAUUCGUUUCAGACAGUUACAAGUUGUUUAAAAAAAAAAAAUUUUUUUUGUUCUUUUCUGAACACAUUUGUUGACACUCUCUUUGAAUAUAUUUGCAAUUUCUUUCAAAACAAAUUAAUCGCGUAUGCAUAAGAUUUUUUUAAACUUACAAUUCAGUUUCUAACCAUGGAAUGGUUAUUUAAAUUCUUGUCUGUUUAACGCUGUUGAAAUACAGUUUUUGCGUCGCCAAUUACAAUUUUUAUACUCAAUUCGUUCAAGAUUUCUGUAUUUUGUUAUAUAGGUAUAUCUAUUAUCGAUUGCUGAAAAUUAAUACUUGAGAUGUUCAAAUUAUGACAUAAACUACGAAAUAUGAUAAAUGAAAAUUACUAUAUCUCAGUAUCUCACUUAUUCGUCGUUCUUAUGCCAGCAUAAAACAAUAUUGAAUAAUUUGCUAAUUCGAUUAUCAUAAUAUUUUUGUCACUGUUCGUUAUUAUAUGUAUUUAUAUUUUAUUCUUAUACGCUUUUUUCAAUACUUUAUUUAAAAAUCAGUACUAUAUUUAUAUGUAUAUAUAUCUAUUCUAUGAAUUUAUACACCAUGAGAUUAUUUACAAUUUAUAAAUUACAGUACGGAAUGUGUCGAAGAUUGUCUAACAUUGUGUGACAAAAUUCUUUGAGAAUAAUAAAUUACUAUUCUAUGUAAUAUAAUUGAAGAGAGACUUGGCUUUGGUUACUAUUUACUGGAAUAUUGGUAAAACUGUAAUGGGUAUCACGCAAGAAAUUCAAUAAACCUAAGCAAACGCACAUCUCAAAUUUUUUAAUUCGAAUAUAAAUGAUUAUCUUUUAUAAUACUAUACUGGUUGAAAAACUUUGUUACCAAGAAAUAUUCAAUCUUCGAUAAUCAUUCCGUAAAAAAUAUAAUAAUUACUAAUUUUACCCAUUUAAUUAGACUAUUUUGUGAGUAUACCUACAGUUUACACUGAUUACAUUAUAUGACGUUCUCACCUAUCUUUGGUAUACAGUGGUAAUUUUUUCCCUUUUUUUUUGUAUAAAUAUUAUUCACAUGUUAAAAACUGUCAUACAACACUGAUCAGCUUGCUCACAUUCAUUCUACGCAACACUCAUGACGAUCGCAGCAUA